AAUGGCAGCACCGCGCGCUCCCAUUGGCCUGCCGGCGCUCGGCCAAUGGGCGGCGGCGGUGCUGGGGGGUGACACCGGCGCGUGCGGAGCGGAGAGGAGCGGCCGCGACCAUGCUGCGCCGCCAGGCCCGGGAGCGCCGGGAGUACCUUCAGCGCCGGGCGCGGGAGCAGCAACUGCAGCGGCAGCGGGAGAGGAGGGAGAGCCUGCGAAGGGCACUGGACGAGAACCAGCUGCUGCCCACGGAGCUGCGGCGCGAGGCCCUGGCCCUGCAGAAGGAGCUCGAGUUCGACUUCGACACCCCUGGGGGUGCCACCAGCAGCCAGGAUGAUGAGUAUCGGUGGGCGGGGGUGGAGCCCCCCAAGGUGAUGGUGACGACAUCGCGGGACCCCAGUGCCCGCCUGCGGCUCUUCGCCAAGGAGCUGUGCCUGCUGUUCCCGGGCGCGCGGCGCAUGAACCGUGGCCGCGCCGAGCUGGGGGCCCUGGUGGGGGCCUGUCGGGCCGCGGGGGUCACCGACCUGCUGGUGCUACACGAGACCCGCGGGCGGCCUGACGGGCUGACCGUGUCCCACCUGCCCCACGGCCCCACCGCCCACUUCACCCUGAGCGGGGCUGUCCUGCGCCAGGAGGUCGGGGGGCUCGGGGGGGCCCCCCUGGCUGCCCCCCACCUGCUGCUGCUGCGCCUCGACUCCACCCUUGGCAAAAGGGUGGGGACCAUCCUGAAGCACCUGUUCCCCGUGCCCCGCCCCGACAGCCGCCGUGUGGUGACCUUUGCCAACGAGGAUGACGUCAUCCUCGUGCGGAACCACGUGUACCGGCGCCGGGGCCGGACGGUGGAGCUGGAGGAGGUGGGACCGCGGUUCCAGCUGCGCCCCUACCUGAUCCGCCUGGGCACGCUGGAGCAGGGGGAUGCAGCUGACGUGGAGUGGCGCUGGCACCCCUACACGGCCACGGCCCCCAAGCGCCGCCUGCUCAGCGCCACCUGAGCCUCCCAGACCUGCCCUGGGCCCUCCCAGGCAGCUGGGACCCUCCUGGAAACCUGGCACCACCCAGGCAGCUGGGACCCUCCUGGAAACCUGGCACCACCCAGGCAGCUGGGACCCUGUUGGUUGCCAGGGACCCCCCCAGGCUCCAGGGCCCCCCUGGGUCCCCCCAGAACCCCCCCAGGUGUUUCACACACCUGGGAGUCACAGAAUCAUUUUUUUAUUUGUCACAAUAAACCUUUUUUGGCUA